AUGUCCGACCACUCUGCCUCUAGUAUCUUUCUUUCCGCCGCCGUCAACCCACCGAUCCAAGAUGUCAUUAUCGACUCACUCAUCGCUGCAGAACCUCUUCGCUCUCCACUUCCUGACUAUCUCCUCCGCUCCCUCCACCUCAUCCACCGUCAAGAUUCCAUCAACUGGAUUCUCAAUGCUCACGCGCAUUAUCACUUUCAACCAAUAACCGCCAUUCUUUCCGUCAACUACUUCGACCGGUUCCUCUCCUCCGCCGCUGCCUUUUUCCCGGAGAGUAAUGGAUGGGCGUCUCAGUUGUUAUCGGUGGCGUGUUUAUCAUUGGCUGCUAAAAUGGAGGAGCCUGAGGUACCUUUGCUUUUAGAUCUCCAAGUCUCGGAGCCCCGUUUUGUAUUCGAACCAAAAACGGUUCAGAGAAUGGAGCUCUGUGUCAUGGCCAAACUCAAUUGGAGGCUUCGAUCCAUCACUCCUUUUGAUUUCCUCCAUUAUUUCAUCUUCAAGCUCCCACCUUCAUCUCAUACCAACCAACUCCAAUUCCAUUCGAAAUGUUCGGAUCUCAUCAUCAACACUAUCCGCGUAAUCGAUUUUUUGAAGUUCCGGCCGUCUGUGAUUGCAGCGGCGGCGGUGAUUUCCGCCGCCGGCGAAGGAGUGGAUGUACCGGAGAAUUACUACGAGAAAGUAAACAAAGAAAUGGUGAGAAGCUGUCAUCAACUCAUGGAGGAGUACUUGGUGGACACGUGCCCAUCAGCCGAUCAUAAGGUCAGAAAGCAAUGGAGAUCUGAACAGCCACGGUUGAGCCCCGACGGUGUGCUGGAUGCAGCCACUUGCGUCAGCUGCGACACCCAUUCCGACAACCCUCCACCGUCCUCCGGCGACCAUGUUAGCCAGCCCAAGCGACUAAGGUCUAAUGUACAGGAAGAUCAGCCAUAG